UGAGAAGGCUGAUGAGCGCGCGCUGCUCUCCGCCGUGCGUCCGUCUCCCUCUCAGCCACACAUAAUAAAGUGUAGUGCCCAAAGCACCGAUCCGUUCCGAGCCGAGUGGAACCUGCGCGUGUGUGCCACCCCCACCUCCUCCCCCCCCUCCGCCUCCAUCACCUCGCCCUCACAGCUCCGCGCGCCGCGUUGGGAGGCGAUGGAGCCGUGAGCCGCCCGCAGAGCCACUGAAGAACCGAGCUGCUAUGGAGGAGAAGCGCGGGGGGGCUGGAGUCUAGACCGCACUCAGACCAUCAGAUCCACCAGUCCGGACCACUUGCUGCGCCACCCGUGAACUCUGAGUCCAGGGACAGGGUUUUUGUUUCCCGUCUGCUCGGAGCAUCGCACAGAAAGGAUGCGGGGACAGAAGGAGGCGAGCGUCUUCCCGGGAUGCUGGAGACCAACGCUGCUGUGGUGCCUCCUGCUUCUGCACCUCCUCCCGCUGCCCGCGCACGGGGCUCUCGCUGGGACCAAUGAUACCGAGACAGAGGACAAAGCCAACAUCACCUCUCCAUUUAUCGAGGAGGAUGGGCCAGGAAAGUUGAACGAAGUUAUCACCACGGUAACAGGAAUGAGCAACUCCGCCACCUCUGACCCGAUCAGCACUGUGAACCCGAGAGCGGGCCGGGCACCACGUGGAGACAAGGAGGACGACCAGAGCAGCGGCAUGUUCGGUGAAACGCUGGUUCCCACGGUGGAGGAAGUGAGCGUGGUGGCACCGCCUCAGAUCAGCCCUGAUUCGGCUGAGACGGAGCACCUGUUGCCUAGCAGUCCACAUGUACCUGAAGUCAUGGAGGGAGAGGAGGAGAGGGAGGAAGAGGAGGAACAUUUGCCUCACACCAGCCCACCUUGGAUCCCUGCCAAGGACACUGCCAUGUUUGAUCUGGACCACCUAACCACCACCACUGCUGCCCCACCACCAGCCACCACCAACCCAACCAACCCGUCCAAUCCAGAUGUCCUCCAUGUAGACUUCUUUGACCCCUCCUCCCGUGGGCGUAACCUUGACCUAGACCCUCCUUCCCCUUCAUCUCUGGCCCACGAGCUGCAAGGCGGCGAUGCAACUUCCUGGGCAAUGCCGGAAAACUAUGACUACAUUACUCCCUAUGAAGACGGCGUGUCCCCCACUGUCGACGAAUACACCUACAGCACCACAACCGAUGCUUAUGAGAGUGAUGAAGAUCUUCGAGAAGCUGCUGGGUCUCCUGCUCGUUCCAGGCCCCGGCUCCCAGGGUCUGGCUCCUUCUUCCCUGGCAUUGGCAUUCCUGUACCCAGCGUUCGUGGCGCGGCAAACCCAGCCCUUUCAUCUAACGGGUGCAGAGCGGGCUACCAGAUGGUAAAUGGAAGCUGCCGCUCAGCCUGCGAGAUGCAGCCCAACUACUGCUUCAAUGGAGGACAGUGCUACCAGCUGGAUGGGGAGGACAUUUUCUGCAGAUGCAACGUCCAGGAUUACAUCUGGCACAAGGGCGCUCGCUGCGAGUCGGUGGUGACCGAGUUCCAGGUGAUGUGUCUGGCUGUGGGCGCCUCGGCUCUGGUGCUCCUGCUGCUCUUCAUGAUCAUCGUCUGCUUCGCCAAGAAGCUCCACGUGCUCAAGACGGAGAAUAAGAAAUUGCGCAAGCGCAGCAGUAAGUACCGGCCUUCAUCGGAGCAACACAAUGAUAAUUUCUCGCUGUCCACCAUCGCUGAGGGCUCCCACCCAAAUGUAAGGAAACUGUGCGACACCCCUCCUAACGUCCCUCAUGCCCGUGCAUUGGCUUACUAUGAUAACAUUAUCUGUCAGGAUGAUCCUCAUUCCCAGAACAAGCUGGAGGACCCAGUCAAGGCCCCGCCCAAGGAAGACGACGCCCUCAACAUCCACAACUCUCUGACCCCCAAACACGAGAACCACAAGGUCCUGGGCGAGGAGAACUCCUCGGAGGUAAACUCACUGCAGAACAACAUGAUGUGAACCAAAACUAAACGCCGAGCAACCUGACAACACCACACAGAAAACUACAAGGUGCACCGGCAACGGGCGUCCCUGCAACCCCCCUGCUUUUAAUUGCCCGUUGCCGAGUGAGCCUAACCGGUCAACCAACCAGCCUGCCAACAAACCAGCCAACCAACUCAGUCUGCAACUGUCUCUGACACGGCACCACUGCCACGAGCGGCCAAAACCCGUACACCGCCGCCCCUGUCCACCCCACCCCAGCUGAAAGUAACCCCACCCAACCCGCCUCACCCUACAGCAUCCUUACAUUAGACCACACCCCUGUUUUGAAGCUCCGCCCCUCUCAUUUCUAUCACCACGCUCUUCCUGUUCUUUUUCACCCGAACACACACGCACACGACGCAUACGCAUACUGUGAAAAGAUGAACACACUUAUAUGUAAACACUCACCCCCACCCCCCACCCCCCUCCCCACCUGCCUGCAUUGGUGUAUUUUGUAAAAAGAAAGAAAUCAUACAGAAGUUUAAAAACGUGGGUGAAAAAUUGUUGUAAAAGAAAAAAAAAAGAUAAUGCUACUGAGAGUUUUUGAUGUUUGUCUGACUAAUCCAGUGAGUAUGUAUAAAUAUUGGAAAAAAAAAAAAAAAGUUUGCUUGGAUUCAUUUAAAGGAAGCAACACAAUGUGUCUUGGUUUUGAUUGAUGUGGUUUCUAAUCCUUUGAUGUACUUGGUUUUUUUUUUUUGUACUUUUUGGAACUUUAGACAAAGAACAAACAAAUGAAAUUCAGACAGUUGUUGAAAUAAAUCCUUUUUAAAA